CACGCAGCGAAAAGGAAGAAGACGAAGACCACGGGGGAGGGGACGAAAAGAAAGAAAGUUUCCUCCUUUCCUCUCUCCUUCCUCCCCUACCGCCUCAAAGAGCAACAUAAAAGGACCCCCGGCAUUCCCCUUCUUCACUUCACCCCCUCUUCUCCUUCGAGUUUCUUUCUUCACUAGAAUUCGCUCCCGAGUUUGUUGUUGCUCGUGUAGUUUUGCUUACUCCGUCCUUCGUUUAGCUCGCUGACCAGCGCGGAGCUAGGAGCGGUCGCUAAAGGAUUACUCGUACAAAACGUAAACUCAGCUCUGCCAAUUUUCCCAUGGAGGGGAAUCUUACUUCGAGAAAGAUGAAAACAUUCUAAUUGCUCAAUCUUGCUCGAAUUAUCUGCUUCGGACAAUCUCCCAGCUUUCGAAACCAAAUUGAAAGAGAAGGGCUGUAACAUUGAUGGUGCUAGCUUCUGGUACGGUAGAAGAAUUGGCUCAAGGAAGAUGAGUCUUGAAGAGAGGACUCCUCUCAUGGUGGCUUCCUUGUUUGGAAGCUCUAGGGUUGUGAAGUACAUUCUCGAAUCUGGCAAAGUCGAUGUAAAUAGGGCUUGUGGUUCGGACAAGGUCACUGCCCUUCACUGUGCUGUUGCCAGUGGCUCUGCUUCUGCGGUGGAGGUUGUCAAGCUCUUGCUUCACGCAUCUGCCGAUGCUAAUUGCAUUGAUGGCAAUGGAAAGAAGCCAAUUGAUGUGAUAGCCCUUCCAUUAAAGUCACGUGGCGAUUCAAGGAGGAAGCUGAUGGAGCUGUUGCUGAAAGGCGAUAAUUCUGAUGGGGAAUUUGAAUCCCACGAGGAGAAGCCGAUUGCCGCACCGCAAGCAUCCAAAGAGGGAAGCGAAAAGAAAGAGUAUCAAUUUCCUGUUGAUAUCUCUCUGCCUGACAUAAAUGUUGGGAUUUACAGUACUGAUGAGUUCAGAAUGUAUGCUUUCAAAGUAAAGCCUUGCUCGCGGGCAUACUCCCAUGACUGGACAGAGUGCCCAUUUGUUCAUCCUGGCGAGAAUGCGAGGAGGCGGGACCCUCGCAAGUACCCCUACAGCUGCGUCCCUUGCCCUGAAUUUCGGAAGGGAUCUUGCCAAAAGGGUGACUCCUGUGAGUACGCGCACGGCGUAUUUGAGUCGUGGCUUCAUCCUGCACAGUAUAGAACAAGACUGUGCAAGGAUGAGACUGGAUGUGCUCGCAAAGUUUGUUUCUUUGCUCACAAGCCCGAAGAAUUAAGGCCUGUCUAUGCUUCGACGGGAUCAGCUAUGCCUUCCCCAAAAUCCUACUCAUCAAGUGGGCUGGACAUGUCCACAUUGAGUCCUCUCUCAAUCAGUUCUCCGUCAGCAUCGUUGCCUGUUACUUCAACAGCACCCAUGUCUCCUCUUGCAGCCUCGUCAUCUCCGAUGUCUGUGAACAUGUGGCAGAGCAAGGCUAACAAGCUCUCCCCGCCAAUGCUGCAGCUCUCAGGUAGUAGGCUGAAGACUGCUUUGAGUGCUAGGGACUUGGACCUGGAGAUGGAAUUGCGUGGUCUAGAGAGUCAGAUGGCCACUCAACAGCAUCAGUUGAUGGAAGAGAUAUCUCGUCUCUCCUCACCAUCAUCCUGCUUUAGUAGUAGGAUUGGGGAAGUGAAACCCACUAACCUCGAUGACGUUUUUGGGUCUCCGGAUCCUGCUUUGCUGCCUCAAUUGCAGGGGCUGUCAAGACCUUCAACACCAAGCCAGUUGCAAUCUCCAACUGGGCUUCAGAUGCGCCAGAAUGCAACCCAGUUUCGUGGGGCGUACCAGAGCAAUGCAAAUGCAUUGUCAUCUCCAGCAAUGAAGCAGGCACCUUCUUAUGGGUUUGACUCAUCUAGUGCAGUUGCAGCAGCGGUGAUGAAUUCGAGGUCAGCCGCUUUUGCGAAGCGGAGUCAGAGUUUUAUCGACAGGGGAAUGGCGUGCCCUGGAAUUGCCAAUUCUUCCCCUAUGAUGUCUUCAGCUAUGUCGAGCUGGAGCUCACCUCAUGGGAAAUUGGAUUGGGGCGUCCAAGGAGAUGAGUUGAAUAGGCUGAGGAAAGCUGCUUCCUUUAAGAUGAGAAGCAGCACCGGAGCAGGUGCUAAUACUGUCUCGGCAGCAGCCAUGGCUGAUGAGCCAGAUAUUUCUUGGGUCAGUUCAUUGGUUAAGGACGUGCCUUCUGCGGAGGACGCGAUGUUCGCUGCAGAGAAAGGACAGCGCACUUAUGGGAAAGACAUCCGCGAAAGGAUUACCCCAUGGGUGGAGCAGCUGUACAGAGAAGUGCCACGGAUGGCGAUGUAAGAUUGCCACUGCAAGUCGGAUGCCUUAGUAUGCUGACUAAUUGAUAUUCUUUGCAUUUGUUUUGAGGCAUUUGGUAGCCAUUAGAUACGAGAAAAGGCCAAGCAGCAGGUGGUGUCUUGGCAAGGAAUAGGAUGCACAUAGUCUGUUAUCGAGUAGAAUAGACUUGGGAACAAUGGUUAUAGCCAAAUGUUAAAAGUUAUGAUAUUCUUUUCCAAUUCUUUCUCUUCCUCAUAGUAGGUUUCUCACCAAGUCUUUUAGUGAGAGCCUGCGGGAUGUACUAUAUGUUUCCCUUAUGUAACGUCUCUUCGUUGAAAGAAAUGGCUUUAUAAUAUAAAGCAUCAAGUUUUUUAAUUUCA